UACAAAUGACUUAAUAAUAACACUAGUAUAUAAAAUGUGGCGAGAACAAAUGAUUCGCAGAAGUCUUGGAAGAGUGAUACAAGAUUGUUGCGGAAAAUGUCGAGGAUAUCACUGUUGCUGUUGGUGGCUGUGUGUGCGGUGGCUUUGAGGAAAGUUCAAGCCGAGUCAGAUGAAGAGAAGGAGAUCCACGAAGCGCUAGUUCCCAUCAUCGCGGAGUGCAGCAAGGAACAUGGAGCUAAAGUGGAGGAAGUGAUGGCUUCCAAGAUGAAUAAGGAUUACGAGGCCAUCGACGGGUGCCUCAUCGAGUGCGUGUAUAAGAAGAUGGGCAUGGUAGAUGACGACGGCGCAUUUAUCAUGGACAAAUUAGUAGAGAACGCCAAGAAAUUCAUGAAGGAAGCAGAGACUGAAAAAAUUGAGGAAAUUGUUAAACAUUGUUCUGAAGAGAGCGAGAAAAACCCCGAAGAUAAGUGUGGGAAAUCCAAAAUGAUGCUAGCUUGUACGAUGGAGCAAAAAGAAGCGGUAAUUCUAUGAGAAUAUUUAAAAUACUUAUUUUACAGUACAAAAAAUAAUUGCAAACUUCAGACAAACCGAAGGCAAACUAAAAGUCAACUAAAUAAAACCUUGCCAAAUCGUCAACUUCCUCCCGCUUGUCUUGGUUUUUUGCCACGGCCUGCCAAAGAAGUUUGGGGAGGGGACCGGUAACCUACCCGGUAAAUAAUAAUGUGCGCCGGUGCAGCUUUUUUUAUACUAUAUCGGUGACAAACAAGCAUACGGCCCACCUGAUGGUAAGCAGUCUCGGUAACGUAUACAGUAUACACACGUACACCUGCAACUCCAGAGGUUACACGCGUGUUGCCGACCCUAAAACUUCACAUCCUCGCUGAGUUGUUGGAUUUUGUAUACGGUUAAAUUAUUUACAUAUUUAGGGGCAUUCCCUGAGAAUGUCGUUUACGAAAUGCUUUUGCCUUGUAUGCUGGGAGCUACUUACCUUAGUCAAAUGCCUAACGCUCGAGAAUAUACCUACUGCCAAUUUGUUAGCCAAGUCAUGAAAUAUCACCAUCAUAUCAGACUAAAUAUGGCUUUCUUAGCAUUUCUCUUCAAUAUCAGACACCCUAUUGUCCCUAUUGUGGUUUUUUUAUUCGUUGCUGUCCGUUUGGUUUUUUUUAGAAGAAUAGCAUUUUGUAAGCGACAUUUCGUUGAAAAUCCCUACAAUACAUACCUGAAAGCUGAAAUAUUUUAACUGAAGGCACUAUUGCAACACACUUGGUCCUAUUUACCGAAAUAAUUAAUAAAAGUAACUCAUCAUGAGUUCUGGACUAUAAUUGAGUGAGUUUGUCAUAGAAUUUUAUUUUAUGUUUGAUAUUAUUUUUAUUUUUUCAGUUACACUCGUAAAAUGAACACCAGCGACCCGGCAAACAGGAAGAAUAAGCUGACCUCCAACAAAACACUCUGUUAAAAUGUUAUCAU